GGUCAGAGAGCGAUUACACAUAGCCGAGAUGCCUAUUUGGUUGCUGUUGCUGUUGGGCCUGGCACUGCUGUUGCUCCUACGGAAAUGGUCGUUGCUGCGCCUGGGCAGCAGCCUGCCCGGACCCUGGGCUUUUCCGCUGCUGGGCAACGCCCAAAUGGUGGGCAAGCUGCGGCCCGAGUUCAUCUUUCUGGUCUUUACAGAGCUACGCGAUCGCUUUGGCGCCACCUAUCGCCUGUGGCUGGGGCCGCAGCUGUGGGUUUUCCUGCACACAGCAGAGGAGACGCGCGAGGCGCUGCACGAUCCCACACUGCGCAAGGCGGAGACCUUUCUCCAGCUGGAGCCGCUCAUCGGCAAUGGGCUGCUCAUAAGUCAUGGCUCCCACUGGACGCAGCAGCGUCGUCUCCUCACGCCCGCCUUUCGGCCCAUCCUUUUGCGCAGCUUUGGCCCCAGUGUGGCCAAGCAUGCGGAUCGUCUGAUCGAGCGACUCGAGGCGACCAGCGGCGCCUUUCUCGAGCUAACAGAUCCACUCUUUGCCUGUCUGCUGGACGCCAUCGUGGACACCUCCAUGGGUGGGCGGCUGGAGACGCAGUCUGUGGCCCACUCUCCCAUCAUCAGAGCCUUCCAUCGCAGCAGUCAGCUGCUGUUCAAGCGCAUGAUCAAUCCCCUGCUGGCCUCCGACUGGAUCUUCAAGCGCACCCAACUGUGGCGUGAGUUGAGCGAGCAGCUUCAGGUUAUCCACACGCUGAUGGAUUCGUUGAUUGAGCGACGCUCCGCACAGCUCCAGCAAGAGGGGGAUGUGCCCCGCAGGUCGCUCAAUCUGCUGGACACGCUCCUGUUGGCCAAGAUCGAUGGUGAACCCUUGAGCCGAAAGCAGAUACGCGACGAGGUCAACACUUUUGUGUUUGCGGGCGUGGACACAACGACAGCGGCCAUGUCCUUUGUCCUUUAUGCACUGGCCAAGCAUCCCGAGGCACAGCACAGAUUGCUGGAGGAGUUGCGGCAGCUACAGCCAAAUGCAUCAAUGGAUUUGGAUACCCUCAAUGAGCUGCCCUAUCUGGAUGCACUGCUCAAGGAGGUGCUGCGCCUGUACACGAUUGUGCCCACAACGGGACGCCAGACCACACGCUCCACUGUCAUCGGUGGCCGCAAGUACUGCGCUGGCGUCACGCUCUGGAUCAACAUGUACGGCCUGGCACACGAUGCGAGCUACUAUCCCCAGCCGUAUGCCUUCAAGCCGGAGCGCUGGCUGCAGCAGACGGAGACGGAGGCUGCUUCCUUCAGCUACAUUCCCUUCUCGGGCGGUCCGCAUGUCUGCAUUGGGCGUCGAUACGCGCUUCUGCUGAUGAAACAGCUGACGGUGCGCAUAGCGACUGCAUUUCGGUUGGAACUGCGCCCGGACGAACCCGAGCUGACGCUGCAGGCACAAAUGGUGCUCAAGGCACGUGAGGGCAUCCAUGUGGCAUUUACAAAACGCUGACCAAGUCAGCCCUGGACGAGCC